AUGUCUGCUCCAGAGAUACGCCAGAGUGGCACGAAGGUUUCAACACCAAAGUGUUCUGCUCAUGACCAAGCCCGCGUUGUUCAGGUCGGUCCUCUGAUUCGGUUGCCAAGCCCUGUCCCAACGUGCGUUCAGCCUCGAACAUGUUCCCCUGUGCCGAGUGGGCUGAGCGUCAACAAGGCUCCACCCAUUUCUGACAGACCCAUAGGGCAGGCAGCUCCGAGAGGCUGUGACAGGGAGUCGCCAAGGCAAGGCCGCAAAGUGGUUUGCCCCAAUGUGGCCACUGUUCGGAAUACGCAUCAGAGGCCACCUGCCCCCGUCUGCACUCCGAUCUCAAGGUCGCCUCCGCCGAGGAGACACGGCACCCAGAACCAGCGCACAGCCAAAGUGCAGCCCAGCCCGUGCAAAGCCCAGGUUCUCAUAACCACAAGCCGAAGCCUUCCAUUUGGCAGUCCGGAAGUACAGCCAAGCGAGAUCCAAAGAAAAACGCUUAUUGGCUCGGGGAGCUUUGGCUCUGUUUGGAAGGCAUGCUGUCGUGGGCGGGAAGUUGCGGUCAAGAUAUGUCAACAGACCAGCCCUAGUGAAAGGCGGGUCACACUUCAGGAGCUGGACUUUCUCAGGAACUUGAAUCAUCCGCGACUCGUAUCGUUUUUGGGAUUUGCUCAGACUUCAGACCAAUUGUUUUUUGUGAUGGAGCUGAUGGCUGGCGGUAGCCUGUCGGAUCUCCUGUUCUGCAAAAGGCUAGUGCUGAGCUUCAGGCAGAAAGCUCUGAUGGGAUCACAGAUUGCAGAAGGCCUUUCGUAUUUGCACGAGAGGCAUGUAAUCCAUCGGGAUUUGAAGACCAUGAAUGUGGUUCUGGACGGCUCGUUGAACUGUAAAAUCUGCGAUUUUGGUUUGACCCUGUGCCUGGACCAUUCCCAUGUGACCGUGUGUGGGCUGCAAGGCUCUCCAAGGUACAUGGCACCCGAGCAGUUGGAGACCGAGGUUCCUGUUCGAAUAUCAGAGAAGGUGGACAUUUGGCAAAUGGGAUGCGUGAUGCUGGAGCUCUUUUGCGGGGUGGUGCCGUUCAGUGGCCUCAGCAAUGUUGCGGCAAUCAUCUCAGAGUUGAUCAUCAAGAAGAAGGGCCCUGCAAUUCCUGAUGAUGCUGAUCCCCGUGCACGCGCGCUGAUGACGCCUUGUUUGCGAAUGAGUCCACGUUCUCGACCAACAGCAGACACCCUGCUGGAUGUCUUGGCCCGGGUCGUGAAGAACCGUAGCACGGAUGCGGUGAAAUAA